AUGCAAUUUAUAAAUUUUCCCUUCGAAAUCAUCGUUGAUAUAUGUUUAUAUAUUGAUGUUUAUUCACUUAACGCAUUGGCACUUUCUUGCAAAGACUUGACCUUUGUCCUUAAACAUCCUCCAUUAUGGCGUCAUAUUCGUUUCAUAAAUUUUGAAGAACAAUAUCAAAUCGAAAAACAAUUUUUAAAUCAAUCUUUCCCUCCUAAACUUACUACUUUUAAAAUUCCCUAUAAAUUAUCCCGUAUCGAUGAUAGAAGAGCUCGUCAACUUCUUACUAUGUUACGAAAAAAUAACUUGUCGUCUGUAGUUUGUUCCAUAAACUUUGAUUUCACUUCUAUUAACUGUACUUCUAUUUGGGAAUCUAUAAACGGUUUCUUGAACCUUGAAGAAAUAAGUUGUCGAGGUUGUUCAAAUCUCUCUUUACGUGACUUGGGUACGGCUCUAACUUGGUUUGAACCAUUAGAACCCGUAUUAAAAUUAAAAAAAUUACAUGUUCUGUGGUGUAAAGACAUGAGUCCAAGAGCGAUCAUAAGGCAACGUUUAAAUUUAAAUGUAGGGGAUGUAAGCUAUUAUUAUAGGACAGUGCUGAUCGGUUUUUUGAAAGCUUUGAAACAAUUAAAAACUGAAAAACCAAUACAACUUGAUGUUGAUACAUGUAAAACAUGUCGAACAAAUAUCACUAUAACUAUUCCAUGCUCUUCUUGCAAAAUUCUGAAAAACUUUUGUGUAAGCUGUGAUAUGGAUCGUGGAUGUUCGGAUUGCUUUAGAUUUUAUUGUGGUACUGGUUCUUGCAAACCACAUCCAGAUCCAUUUUUGAUAUCUGGUAAAAUUGUUGAUGGAAGAAGGAUCACAUCAUGUAAUAUAUGUUACGGAGGUUCGUAA